AUGACUCGACUUUGUGCUUCUCAAUCACAAGAGCAAAGCAAGGCGGAACAAAGUUUGCCGGUACCACAAAAAGUUUUAAACUCAGAAUACGAAGAACCACUAGGAGAAGAUGAAACCGAACAAGAUUUCACCUACGACCAAGAAGAUUUCGACGGUUUCGACUCGACAAAAGAACGAAUCAGAGAAUUUGCAGCCUCGCCAGGAUCAACCGCACCAAACAUGAAACAAAUUUAUAAACAAAACGAAACAAACAACGAAAACGCACUUUCUGGGAACACUUCAUCAUCAUCACAUGGACCAUUCAACAAAAACCCACAACUUCAACCAGGAACGAAUUUUAUUGAAGAAAACACUUACAUCUACCUCUUAUUAACAUUAGGAGCAGCCUCACUUCUCUGUGUGAUAAUAAUCACAAGCCGAGCAUUAUUGAAUACUACUUUGGCUGAUAUACAGGAGAUGAAGUAUUUGGAAUUGGUGAUUAAGGAAACUUUGAAGUUAUAUCCACCUGCGGCGAUGUAUACAAGGAAAAUUAUGGAAAAUGGAAUAACCUACCCAACAGGUAUGACAAUUGGCAUAUUCGCUUAUGGCAUCCAACGUGAUGAAGAUCACUACGAAAACCCCGAAAAAUUCGACCCGGAACGUUUCUCCAAAGAAAGAAACAACAGAAAACAACUUUUCGCCUUUAUUCCAUUCAGUGCCGGACCAAGAAACUGCAUCGGGCAAAAAUUCGCCAUGUUGGAGUUAAAAACACUCUUGAGCAAAAUUUUAAGAAACUUCCGAGUGAAUCCAGCAACACCACAUCACACACUUAAUUUAACACCAACAAUUGUUCUAAGGUCAUCGAACGGCAUCAAAAUAUCACUUGCCGAAACAUUAAAUAUCUAUAAAACAUCCUGUAUUUAG